AAAAGCUCUAGCUUUGUUUUCCCUUCCUCCACAAUCAGAAAGACCUUAUGUAAGAAAUGAUCUUUUUGACCAUUCAUUUUGGCAGGCAUUUAGUAAUGUAACAAUAAACCAAAAUCUUUAGGUAGUAAAUUGCUGCAAUUCAUUAAUGCGAGGCUUUUUUUUUUUUAAAGAAGGAUUAAUGCGAGGUCAUUUUGCAAACUGGCCAUAGUUGAGAAACCAAAUAAUCAAUUUUUUAACUUCACGAAACCCCUCUGCAACCCUCGUCGCCGGUACAGAUCAUCUCAGCUUCAUCAAUAGUUCCGUUGUGAGUAAGGAGUCAGAGAGCAUUUUUACUUGAAUUUCCCCUGAUAUUUUGUUUUCUUUUCUCUGGAUUUUUUUUUUGUUAUUUUCUCGUCUUCUUCUCGCUCUAGUUGGUGAAUUUAUCCAAGCCUACACAGAACAUCAGUGGUAAGCAGCAAUUACUAGUUUCCUUUGUUAAUCGUUUAAUGUUCAUUUCGGGUUUGGAUGUUUUUCUUGUUUGCUGGGCUGUAUUAUAUCACUUCAAUUUGGGUACUUAUUAUGUUUUUCUGUUUGAAUUGUUGCAAAGAUUGUUGCUUUGUUGUUUUUUUUUUCAGAUUGCUUGUUUCAGUUCUCAUCUUUUCAUGGUGUUCAUUGGGGCUUUAUAGAAUCUUUGCCCUUUAUUAUGGAUGCUUUCUGAAAGAAGUGUUCGGUGCUUAACCUAAGUCAGUCUGUGUGGCUCUUUUUUUUUUCCUGCUUUGGCUUUCCGGACGUUGUUUUCCUUGCUGUAAUUAGUUUGAGAUGUGUUAAGGAAAUUAUUGAUUAGCAGUUUAAUCUUUCCUCCUUUUGGUGGGAUUUCGGAACUCAAAUUAGGCUUCAAAGUUCUCAUGCACUGAGUAUAUUGAGCUGCGAAGUCAUACCGUAGUUUUUCAUUUGUUCUGGAAAAUGGACAAUCAAUGUCCUUUCUGAUGAACAAUGUUUAAUAUGAGGAAAGUUGAUGGGCAUAUUCUACUGGCUGUCGACAGCAGUGUAGAGAUUCCUAGAAGAGAUUUUUGCAGUAUCAAAGAGAUUGGCAGCAAGAAAGUCUUUAGCAAUACUGUCAUCUUUGCUUUUGCUUUUGUAACUUUCUUGAGAACCAGUAGCAUGGGGUAAAGCAACACUACUUAGUUUUAGUAUUAUAAAUAAAUGUGCGUUCUUUCCUUGUAUUCUUAAUGGCAUUUUCCUGAUUAAUAUGUUUGAAUUGCUUAUUCAUUCAUGGACUUCUGUACUUUCACGAUAAAAGAUCAUUAUUUUGGACUCGCGAAGAUUAAUUGGGAAGAGAAUUCCUUUUGCUGAUUUUCACUAAUCAAUGUGUUGGAUCACAAUCCAGAACCUUUCAACAUGAGCACCGGGAAGACUGAAGAGCCAGUUAAACAUAUAGAUUGGAAAAAUAUUGGCAAAUCAAGUGAGCAAGGUGGCGAUGAAUUUGUGAAGAAAAGACUGCCUAAAAAGAUUAGGCAGAUUCCAGAUUCUUAUUUCCUUCCUAGAAAAUCUCUGCCAUCUGCGAUUGCAUUCUACAGUGCAUGGAUUGUUGCUGGAGUUGGUGCUGGGAUGUUGGCAGAAAUCUGGAUUAAAAAGAAGAUCAAAGUUUCAGGAAGAAUCCCGAAAAGUAAAGCCGAUGGAAAGUCUUCUGAACCGCCGACGAAAAGCAGAGUUAAAGAACCCUUCAUCGUCAAUAAGGAAAAAAGAGUGUUUGGAACUGUGAGAAACCCAAAUGUACCGGCUUCUAAGCCUGUGACUGAAAAGGUUGCAAGAAAACCAGGGAUUCCUCAAAGACCAUCAAAACAACCAAUCAAUCAUCCCAGCCUUAAUCCCACUGCUGUUCAAGAAACUGAAGGGACUCCGAAGAAAUUAGCAACGACCAAGAAGAAAAGCGUGAGCUUUAGAGAGAAAGUCAAUGAAAAUAAGGAGAAAACUGUUUCUGAAGAGGGGAACCAAACCCCUUUGAAAUCGCCAUUCUCGAUUAAGCCCGGGAAGAAGAAAAGCGUAAAUUUUGGUGAGAAUGUGGAGGAAGUUAAGGAUAAAAUAUUGCAGGAGGAUGAUGUUGUUCGAACUCCAUUGAGAUCUCCGUUUUUGGUUAAGGCCAAUAACAAUGUCUCAGCAGGCACACCUUAUCAGAGUGCAGAGAGAUGCAGCAAAUGCAGGUUUGAUAAGCUGGAGACCUCAUCGUAUUGGAUAGCCCAAGUCAGAUUGGCUGAGUCCGUUGGCAAGCAUUUCGUUUCUGCUGCAUCCUUCCGCCUGGCUUCUGAUUGCAAAGCAGAGCCGAUUCGCAAUGUGAAAGUUGAGCUGAAGAAGUAUAUAGGACGGCACGGGCAUUUGUCAGAGGAAAAAGAGUGGAAAGAUUUGUGUGUUAGCUUUGGAUUGAGAAAGGAGGAAAGCAGCAACAUAAGCCAGGACAACCAGGAAGUAGGGACAACCAAAGAGACUGAAGAGGGAGUUGAUCAACAACAGGAAGAGAAGCAGCAAAUCACGGUGGAUGAUGCCGGUGUUGUGGAACCUUGUGAAUGUGAAUGA